CGCUUGUCUCGCUCGAGCGCUGAGUGACAGGCACGUUACGUGAGCGGCUUGGGAGGUCGCAUUGAGGGCAGUACGGCCGUGUUUUUACGCUCCCGUAGGUGCUGUUUCGUGGAAUGACUCAUUCCGCUAAGGAGAAAAGGGAUUGAGGUUGGCUGCAGCUGAAGACGCUGAAGUUUAUCGGUUUUACUCGGGCGGGUGUGUGAAGAGUGCUGAGGAGUCUGGUGAAGAGACCCUGCCAUGCGUGAAUACAAGCUUGUGGUGCUCGGUUCUGGUGGUGUGGGCAAAUCAGCCCUGACAGUCCAGUUUGUCCAGGGAAUUUUCGUGGAGAAAUAUGACCCCACAAUAGAAGACUCCUACAGAAAGCAAGUAGAGGUGGACGGCCAGCAAUGUAUGUUAGAGAUCCUGGACACAGCAGGAACAGAGCAAUUCACGGCCAUGAGAGACCUGUACAUGAAAAACGGUCAGGGUUUUGCUCUUGUGUACUCAAUCACCGCACAGUCUACGUUUAAUGACCUGCAGGAUUUACGAGAGCAGAUCCUACGAGUAAAGGACACGGAAGAUGUACCGAUGAUUCUGGUUGGUAAUAAGUGUGAUCUGGAGGACGAGAGGGUGGUGGGGAAAGAACAGGGUCAGAAUUUGGCCCGACAAUGGAACAACUGUGCCUUCCUAGAGUCCUCUGCCAAAUCAAAGAUCAAUGUCCUCGAUAUCUUCUAUGACUUGGUCAGACAGAUUAACAGGAAAACACCAGUGGAAAAGAAGAAAGCUAAAAAGAAAUCCAACUGUGUCCUCCUGUAGAGCCCUGUCCCGGCAGCAGCUCUGAGCCAGAAUGCUGUAAUGAAGAACUGUUAGCUUGUUUGGAUCAUGCCAGCAUUCCCAUCCUCAGUGAGUGAAUCAAUGGAACAGCUGACUAACUCAGCAGAAAAAUCUGAGGAAAAACUUCAGUAGAACUGAGGACAACUCUACAUUUCCCCAAACCUCUAUAUGGCUGACUAAGAAAUUAAACCUCAUUAUUAACAUAAUAGUGAAAAUAAGCCUCCAUAAACUCACAAAGGAACAUUUUCAGUAGCUUCACCAAAUGAAUCUAAGGACAUGAUAAAUACCUUGGGAUUCAACAUCUAUUUUUCACUUCCUUUCAACUCCAAACCUAACGCAUAUGCCGAAAACCCCAUAGCAAUAUUUGAAAUCCUUCAGCUUCCUCUAAAAACCCAUGGAUACAUCUGUUCAAAAAACUUCAUGAAUAAGACAUGCUCCAUCCAGGAGUAAAUCACUGAAAUUGCACCACAAAUAUCUGUUUUUAAAGGAUUAAAAACCUUUUCCCAUAAACUUUUGAACUCAGUGCUUUUCAAUGGCCUCAUUACCUAUUGAGAAGGCAGGACGAGAAAUCGGAGUCGACAGUAUUCCUUUUCGCAAUACCACACGUUCAAGGACAUUGAGGACGACGACAUAGAAUAUUCAGAUAUUGGCAAACAGCAUUACUAUCUAUACGUGUAGAUGUUGUAAAUGAAUACAAGUGCAGUUGUUGCCUCUCAUAAGUUGUACUUCCAUUCUUGAUACAAUGUGUAGAUGUCUAAUAGACAAAAGUUGUUUUGCUGACAACUAUGGACGCGUUCAUCAAAAAAUACUGCGCCCUUCCCCAAUGUGACAUUAUUUUGUAUGCAGUCACUUGGUUUUCCUAGCCCAUAUAUCAUAUUCUAAUGCCAUUCUUUUUCAUAAAGUCUGUUUUGUUAGAAAACAGGAAACAGGCCUUUUAUAGUGUAAAAAAAGGGGGGAGGGAGGACCGAUUUCUAUGUCUCUUGAUGCUGAAAUAUAUUGUACUAAACCAGUUAUUUCCUUUUGAGUUUUUUCUGUCAAAAGAUGUUCUGGCUUUUAAGAUUAUUAAAUUUUAGUACCUUUUCAUUA